UUAGUUGAAGAAAGUGCUGAAGAUUAUGCAUCAAAAAUCCGAGAAUUUUUCCCAGGUGAUGAUUUGCCACGGUUUGAUGUGUUGUUGUUAGGGAUGGGUCCAGAUGGUCACACAUGUUCCCUCUUUCCUGGACACAAACUGCUUGAGGAAAAAGAUAAGAUUAUAGCUCCAAUCUCAGACAGUCCAAAGCCACCACCAGCCAGAGUGACAAUGACACUACCAGUAGUUAACAACUGUAGAUAUGCCGUGUUUGCUUCUUGUGGGGCUGCUAAGGUUUAAA